AGUAAUCAACUAAUCACCACUGAUUACAAUUAAUAAUCCCCAUAAACUCAUCACUGUCCCCUCAUUGUUCGAGACAUGAGAUGGCUAGUGAUAGACCUACCCCUGCAUCAUAGAAAAUUGUUCGAGACAUGAGAUGGCUAUGCUCCAAAUUAUGGUGAGUUGGGUUUAAUCAAAUUUCAUUAAGGAUGGUAAGGUAAUCUUACACUUUUUUAUUUAAAGAAAAUGGAAAAGAAAUUGAUUACAUUUUUUAACUGAUAAAGAAAUGAAUUUUUAAGAGAUGAUUAUUUGAGAUUUUUUUGUCAACGCUCGAGUUGUCUUACCAUUGUGCUGGGCUUUCUGUUUCUGGGAAGUUGUCUUGCAUAUAUUUAAGUCAACGGGAUCAGAAGUUCCGUGUUGGUAUGUAGAUAGAGUCUCUUUGUUUGUUGUUAAUUCUUCCUCCUCACAAGAAAGCUCUACGAUCGUGAUCUUCUCUUGAACAUACUAAUGGAUUCUUAUUUUUCCCGUACCAAUGUUACUGCUUCUGCAAUAUGCUUCUACGCCCUUUUGGGUACAAUAUUUUUCAACAGGAAAUCAAGAUCACAUCAAGAAAACACAAAAAUGGCUUCUUCUUUAUCUCUUUUGGCACCUCUGUCUUCUUUGCCUCGUAAUUGGAUACAUCAUGUCUUUCCAAGCUUCCACGGGGCAGAUGUCCGCACAAACUUUCUCAGCCACGUUCUCAAGGAGCUCAGAAGCAAAGGAAUCAACUCAUUCAUUGACGAUGAUAUGGAGAGGAGUAAGCUGGUCGGUCUUGAGCUCAUAGAAGCUAUUAGAGGAUCGAGGAUUGCUAUUGUCUUGCUCUCGAGGAACUACGCUUCGUCUACAUGGUGCUUGAACGAGCUGGUGGAGAUCAUCAAGUGCAGACAAGAGUUUAGUCAAACAGUAAUCCCCCUUUUCUAUGAAGUGGAUCCAACUGAUGUAAAGAAACAGACCGGUGAUUUUGGGAAGGUCUUCCGAAAAACUUGUAAAGGAAAAGCAAAGGAAGACAUCCAAAGGUGGAAAUGUGCUUUGACGGAAGUGGCCCAAAUCACAGGUUACCAUUCAACAAACUGGAAGACUGAAGCAAAGAUGAUUGAAGAUAUUGCCACUGAAGUUUCGAACAAGUUAAACCUUUCUGCACCAUCCAGUGAUUUUGACGACUUAGUUGGGAUGGAAUCUCAGAUGAGAAGAAUGAAACCAUUGUUGCAGCUUGAUUCAGAUGAUGUGAGAAUAAUAGGGAUUUGGGGUUCGCCUGGGAUUGGUAAGACCACCAUUGCUAGAUCUCUAUUCCACGAAUACUCCCGAGAUUUUCAGAUGAGUGUCUUUGUAGAUAAUAUCAAAAGAAAGUAUGCGGUACCAGCUUGUUCCGAUGACUACAGUGUGAAGUUGGAUUUUCAGAAGCAGUUUAUGUCUCAACUAACCAAUGAGACGUGUGUCAGUAUUUCACAUUUGGGAGUCGUCAAAGAUAGGUUGAAAGACAAGAAAGUUCUUGUUGUCCUUGAUGAUGUUGAUCAUUUAGUACAGCUGGAAGCUAUGGCAAAAGAAACUUAUUGGUUUGGUCCUGGGAGUCGGAUUAUAAUCACAACACAGGAUCAAAGGGUUUUAAAAGCAAGUGGGAUCAACUAUAUACAUAGGGUGAAAUUACCAUCAAAAGAUGAGGCUUUUCAAAUGUUCUGCAUGUAUGCUCUUGGUCAGAAAUACCCUAAGGAUGGUUUCAAGGAGCUUGCUUGUGAAGUUAUUAAUCUUGUAGGUUAUCUUCCGUUGGGGCUAAGAGUUAUGGGCGCCUAUUUUCGGGGAAUGUCCGAGAAAGUUUGGGCAGAGGCACUACCAAGGUUAAAGGCACACCUUUCCCGAGAUAAAGAAAUUACCAACAUUUUAAAGUUUAGUUACGAUGCCUUAAAUGAUGAAGAUAAAAGUUUAUUUCUUCAUAUAGCCUGCUUUUUCAAUCUUGAACCAUUUGGUAUGGUGGAAAGAUGUCUAGAAACAUGUUUUGAGGAUGUGAGACAAGGGCUUGACGCCUUAUAUGAAAAAUCUCUCAUAUCUAGCGUAUCAGGACGGAUAAAGAUGUCUAAGUUGCUAGUCCAACUAGGAAGACAAAUUAUGCGAAAAGAAUUUGUUAGUGAACAUGGAAAACGCCAGUUUUUGAAUGACGCAAGGGAUAUUGGUGAAGUACUUAGUGACGAUAAAGCAGGUAAUAGCAGUGUCAUAGGAAUAAAUCUUGAGUGGAAGAAUGACAUAACAAGGACGAGUGAAAGAGCCUUCGAAAGAUUGCCUAAUCUUCAAUUCUUAAAAAUUCAUGGUUAUGGCAUCAAACCUCAAAGUAUGAGCUACAUGUCCCAAAAACUUAGAGUACUAAUUUGGUUGAGCUACCCCAUAUCAUGUUUUCCUUCAAGUUUUAAUCCAGAGUUCCUUGUCGAACUAUACAUGACGAAUAGCAAUCUUGAGAAAUUUUGGGAAGGGAUUAAAGUAAGUAGUAUGUUAUUUUUGAAAAUAAAGGCCCUAUCUAACCAAUUUUCUUAUUUGUGUAAUACUAAUUGUGUCAACUUGUUGUUCAUUUAUUUGUCUUUACAGCCGCUCAACAAUCUAAAGCUGUUGGAUUUGAGUGGUUCGGAAAGAUUGAAAGAGCUUCCUGAUCUCUCCACUGCCACUAACCUAUAUGAAUUGAAUCUCAGCUCUUGCUCACGUCUGGUGGAACUCCCUUCCUCUAUGAGAAACCUUCAUAGAUUAUCGAGAUUGGAAUUAAUGAAUUGCUCAAUGUUAGAGGUUGUUCUGGCCAACAUCAACUUGGAAUCUAUAGAGGAACUCGAUCUCUCAGAUUGCUCUUUGUUGAAAAGUUAUCAUGAGAGUUCUACAUACAUUGAAGAGCUUGAUCCAUGGAGAAAAUCUCGUCUACAAAAGCUAGUACUAAGUGGAAUGAAGAAGCUGGUAUCACUCCCACAGCUACCAGAUUCGCUAUUGUUCUUAGAUGCAGAAGAGUGUGAGUCCCUGGAGAGACUAGACUGCUCCUUUCGCAAUCCAGAUAUUCGUCUCAACUUCCGUCACUGCUUCAAACUAAAUCAAGAAGCUAGAGAUCUCAUCAUCCAGACACCGACUAAUCAAUAUGCAGUCUUUCCCGCUGAAGAAUUUCCUCAGUGCUUCUUCACUUACCGAUCUCCUGGAAGUUCCGUAACUGCGAAGUUGAAUCAAUUGCAUGUUGGCAAAUCAACCAAAUUUAAGGCUUGCAUCAUAUUUGAUGGUGGGGACGAUAGCCAUUGGGGACCUGUCUGUUGUUGCAUCACGUCUGGAGGAAAUGCUCUCACUUACUAUACUAAAAAUGUAGAAGCAUUUUUUCUGGGGCAUCUAUACGCAUUCGAGAUUGAGGUUGAAACAGAGGAUGUCACUUCCACGGAGCUUCUUUUUGAUUUUUACAUUGUCUAUAUGCCGCCGUACAGUUCCAGAAAAUGUAAGAUAAAAGAAUGUGGGAUACUCCAACUCCUGGAGGUCCCUUUAUUGAGCUCCAGAGAUGUCGUUGAAGAUUAUGAGCCUUCGCACGUUGAGGGCUUCGGGUAUGGCUCUGGAGAAUUUGAACCUUCAUACAUUGAGAGAUUCGGAUAUGGUUCUGAAGAUUAUGAACCUUCAUACAUUGAGAGCUCUGGAGAUGAGGAUGAAGAUUAUGAACCUUCCGACUCUGGUUAUCUCACUGUCUGAUAGUUGCGCAAUCGAUUCAUUGUCUUCCUUUUCAGGGUGGGCUCAAGCAAAUUGGCUUCGUUACGUUCUAUGGUUCUUUAUGGGCUUAUACUGUAAAAACAAUAUUGGGCUCUCUCCCUACAUUUCAAGUUUGUUGCAAAGUAUUUUCAGAAAAAUAAACAUGAAAAGGGACCAUCUGA